AUGAGUAUUUUGAUAGCAUCAAUGAUGAUCCAUAACUAUAUUAGAAAGGCUGAUAGGUUUGAUGAAACAUUUAAUAUGACACAACAAGAAUCCUACAAUCCUACACAAGGUGGUACUAGUAGUGAAGGUCAUGAAGAAGGUUUAACUACACGUCUGGAGCUCGAUCUGAAACCUGUGGUGGCUGUUCGGAAACCUAGCGACGAAGAUCUUAGAUCUGAGACCCUAGGUGGCAGUGGCCUUCACGAUCAAGUAACCAUAAAGAUGAGCCAUUUCAAUAAUUUCAAAGAUACACCCGACAGUCCAUCUCCGGCGACGUUUGGAAAGCCUUGGCCAGAGUUCAACGACGGCCUUACCUAUCGUGACCUUGUCCGAUCACCUGAUUCCGGUUUGACGUUGAUUGACUUUUACUCUAUCAAGCAUCAGAGUUCAGCUCCUUUACUAGGUUGGUUGCAGAGAAUCGAAAAUGGGCAGAUCACAGUUAAUGGUACAGUUAUCACUGAUCCAAAGACUGUUCUGAGGAUUGGUAGGGAACUAGUAUAUCACAGACAUCCAUGGAAAGAACCAUAUGCACCACACUUGCUUGAAGUUCUGUUUGAAGAUGAUCAUUUGAUUGCUCUAAAUAAACCCUCUGGUUUACAAGUUUUACCUGGUGGACAAUUUCAACUAAGAACUGUUCUCACACAGCUUCAAUGGCAUAUGAAGAAUCAAGAAUCAUGUCCUGUUCCAGUUCAUAGGCUUGGAAGAGGAACUUCAGGAAUAUUACUUUGUGCAAAAACAAAGCUUGCAAAAACUAAGCUUGCAGCUCUUUUUGCUGAAAAAACAUCACAGGUUGUUGGUAACAGAAAAGUCAACAAUGAGGUCAACAAGGUAGUGAAAAUGUCAAAGAUAUACAGGGCACUAGUUUGUGGAAUUAUAAAUGAUGAUGAGAUUGUCAUUGAAGAACCAAUUGGAACAUUGAAAUAUCCUGGAGUUGCUAAAGGGUUAUAUGUUGCUUCUUCUUCAGGGAAGCCAGCAUUGAGCAGAGUUCAUGUUUUGAAAAGAGAUGUAAAAAAUAACCACACAGUUGUUCAGGUGGAGAUUCAAUCUGGUAGGCCCCACCAGAUCCGAAUUCACCUUUCGUUCAUUGGACAUCCUUUGCUAGGUGAUCCACUUUAUGUUAAUGGUGGGAUACCAAAGUGUUAUGCUCCUGAAACUGUUGAUGAAACAUUUGCUGAAGAUGGAGGGUAUAACAAGCCUUCAAAUCCUGUUCCUGGAGAUUGUGGUUACUACUUGCAUGCUCAUCAGUUAAUUCUUUGUCAUCCAAUCACAAAUGAGUUGUGUAAAAUAACAGCUCCACUACCACCCGUUUUCUUAGGUGAAUCAACAAAUCAGGAGUGAUCAUAUCGAGUUGACUAGAAGUAGAUAACAUUUUCUUGUCAUAUUUAAAAUAUGUUACAAUAGUUUAUUUGUUAAUUAUGAUGUUAGUUCUUGAUCUUUUAGAAGCUCAAGAGUGCAUGAAUUAUGCAUACGGGUUAAUGUUGUAAAUGAGUAACAUACUAUUUGUGGAUUUUGUUCUUCUAUAAAACAUUGAAAACAUUAGUGCUCA